CAGAAAAAUCCCCGGAUGCUGCCUAGCCUAAGACCGGCUCGGAACUUUCCAGAAAAGUCGAGAUCGUCUGCCUCGGCUAAAGGCCGCCGCGAACGAGGACCGGGCUUGGCUUGCUGUCGGGGAAGGGGUGGGGAGCCUGAAGACGGAUUUUUGCCCCUCGGCCGAGAGUGCGCGAUAUCAGUGGCAAGAUGGUGAAGGAGACUACGUAUUACGAUGUGCUUGGGGUAAAGCCUAACGCUUCCCAAGAGGAACUGAAAAAAGCCUAUAGGAAGCUGGCACUGAAAUACCAUCCUGAUAAGAAUCCUAAUGAAGGUGAAAAGUUCAAGCAGAUCUCUCAAGCGUACGAAGUACUUUCUGAUGCCAAGAAAAGAGACUUGUAUGAUAAAGGUGGUGAACAAGCUAUAAAAGAGGGUGGUAGCGGAAGCGGCUUUGGAUCACCUAUGGAUAUCUUUGAUAUGUUUUUUGGAGGAGGUGGAAGAAUGCAAAGGGAGAGAAGAGGUAAAAAUGUUGUUCAUCAGUUGUCAGUAACAUUAGAAGACUUGUACAAUGGAGCGACACGAAAGCUCGCUCUGCAGAAGAACGUGAUUUGUGACAAAUGUGAAGGCCGAGGUGGUAAAAAGGGUGCUGUGGAAUGCUGCCUAAAUUGCAGAGGGACAGGCAUGCAGAUAAGAAUUCACCAGAUAGGACCUGGAAUGGUUCAGCAAAUUCAGUCUGUGUGUAUGGAAUGUCAGGGCCAUGGAGAGCGCAUCAGUCCCAAGGACCGGUGUAAAAACUGCAAUGGAAGGAAGAUUAUUAGAGAGAAGAAAAUCCUGGAAGUUCAUAUUGAUAAAGGAAUGAAAGAUGGUCAAAAGAUAACUUUUCACGGUGAAGGUGAUCAAGAGCCAGGGUUGGAGCCUGGAGACAUCAUCAUUGUCUUGGAUCAAAAAGACCAUUCUUUGUUUACAAGACGGGGUGAAGACCUGUUCAUGAGCAUGGAUAUUCAGUUGGUUGAAGCACUCUGUGGCUUUCAGAAACCUAUUGCAAUGCUGGAUAAUCGAACCAUAAUCAUUACUUCUCACCCUGGUCAGAUUGUCAAGCAUGGCGAUAUUAAGUGUGUGCUGAAUGAGGGCAUGCCUAUCUAUCGUAGACCAUAUGAAAAGGGCCGUCUGAUCAUUGAGUUCAAGGUCAUCUUUCCAGACAGUGGCUUCCUUUCUUCAGAUAAGCUGUGUCUGUUGGAAAAGCUGCUGCCUCCAAGGGAAGAUGUGGAAGAAGCCGAAGAAAUGGACCAGGUAGAGUUGAUGGACUUUGACCCAUCUCAGGAAAGAAGGCAACAUUACAACGGGGAAGCUUAUGAAGACGACGAGCACCACCCUAGAGGUGGCGUCCAGUGCCAGACAAGUUAGAAAGGCCCCCCUGAGUCCCCUUGUGGCACCUGUCUCGUACGUCAGUUGUGGAUGAGUGAAGGACUGCAGUUGCUCAACUCUUAAACUUGCCAUUGUCCCUAUAAUAUUAAAUAAUAAGUUGUUUAUAAAUCAGGUUAACAAACUAAAUUAGUAAAAGCUACUUCAAUCAAGUAGGUUGACGUUCAUAUUUCCAUAUGGCCUAAGAAAAUCCAGGCGCGAACUUGCUCUGGCUGUUUUUUUGUGUUUUUUUUAAUUUUGUGCAUUGUAAUUGUAUUGUGUGCAAACGCACUGGCUUAGUAUUCAGUGAUUUCUGUUUAGUAUUAAAUUAUAUUCCCUCUUCAGUAUGCACAUGUAUUUAUGAUUCAUGUUAAGAUGUGAAAUUAAAGGUUUUGUAUUCAUCAGCCCCUACAUAUGUUGAUGUGUUUUGGAUGUGUAGUUGUUUGGAAUGUCACAGUGUAUCGCCAUGCCACUGUGCUGGCUUUACAGGAGCACCACUGAGCUCCAGAUGCGCAGUGAAACUUGUGUGGGAGGAGGAAGUGGCGAUGUAGUGACAGGAAAAACAAGAUGGAAGAAACCCCCUGACCCUAACAGCCUAUAAGAUUUUGCUUUCAUUCCCUGUUAAAGUUUAUAUAGGAUCCUAAUCCAGUUAACAUGGUUGAAAGCUUCCAUGCCGGAGACACUUAACAACAGUAUUGCAGGUGAACAAAAGUAGCAUGAAACUUCCUUUUACGCAAAGGUUAAAAACUAACAUACUUGCUUUCAGAGGGAGCUGCUAAGUGACUAACGCAAAAGAAACUUUAAACUGCAUGUGUACUUGACAAAAUCCCAUCUCUGGCAUUCAUAGCCCAUUCCUAAAUUAAGCUGCUAUAGAUUUUGUGCAGUUUCUUAAAGUUCAGAAUUUUAACCAUGUGGCUUGGGACAAGCUUGUGUUACAGUUCAUACGCGGUCUUCAGUGAUAGACAAAUAACUGUUGUGUGUACUGCUGGCAAAGAAAGAACUUAAUAUUUACUCCAGUGCCUCUUUUGAGACUCAAGGUGAUAUUUGAUUCCCACCCACCCAACUGCUGUCAUAGGUAGUCCAUUACCUUCCGGAGCCAUCACCCCAUGAGGCCUUGAUGAGCCAUAACUCUGAGUCCUUUGAUUUGAUCAAAUUAUGUAGCAUGUAAUCAUAGUCCUUGUGGUGAGGAUUAGUGUGUGACCUUUUUUAAAAAAAAUGCUUGCAUAUUGUAUUUCAGCUCCCUUGAGGGAAAAUAAACACUGUGCUUUUA